GUGAAAUCUUUUGGAUAAUAUUGUGCAUAACAUUAACAGAUCUUUAAUUAUAAGCAAUGAAUAGAAAUGUGAAGUUAGUUAUAGUGGUUGUAGUUCUAAUGGCUGCAUGUGUUGUGAGUCAAGCGGGAGAACAGACACAAAAUAUGGGUGCAUCUGGUGGUCGACCUCAGGGCUCGCAAAUGGGUGGUGCGAUGGGCAGUGCGGGAGGUAUGGGAGCUAUGAGUAACCGACCCAAUGGUAACGCCAUGAAUGGCAGACAAGGAGGACAGGGAGGACAGGGCAGAGGGCAGAGGAGAAGAAGUGGCGGUCAGAAUCAGAUGCAAGGGGGCGGCGGAGGAUAUGGUGGACAAGGCGGUCGACAAGGCGGUGCACAGGGAGGUGCACAAGGAGGCGGUGAAGGAGGUGGUGCUGAAUAAACAGAAUAAUAAUAUUUAAUUCUUAGUGUUGAUAGAAUUGUGUUUAAUUUAUAAUAUAUUUACUCAAUCUUUAAAAUAAAAAAUUCUCAAAAUGUUGA